AAACCAAACUAAUUGUAUAAUUUUGUGAAGCUUUUAUGCAUCUAUGGUAUGUAUAAUAACUUCUCCCGGAAGAGAAAGGGUUUAUAGUUUGAUAGUUUGACUAACAUAACUCUGUACUUUAUUUGUUGCGAGAGAGAAAAGAGUUGAGUUGUGUUGACGAUGGAUCGCUUGCGUCCUCGCAACAGACCCAUUUUUUCCGGAUUCACCAAUUCUGAGAUUGAGAGAAUGGAAAAAUUACUAAGGGAAUCAUCAAAAGGACAAUCAUUCACCCUCGAUUUUUACCAAAAACUAGCCAAAAGUUUCAACUUAUCAUCUGGUCGUGCUGGGAAACCUGUCAUCAAAUGGACUGAGAUACACAGUUGGUUUCAGACUAGACUCCAAGACUCACCAAAAGUACCUCAAAAUGAAUUGGUUUCUCCUCAAUGCACGGAAGGAGAAAACACCCGAGACUCAUCAGAGUUGGAAUUUGAAGCUAGAUCUUCGAAAGACCAGGCAUGGUACGAUGUUGAGACAUUUCUCGCCCACAGAUUUCUUAGCACAGGGGAACCUGAAGUCAGAGUCAGAUUUGUUGGGUUUGGAGCUGAGGAAGAUGAGUGGGUCAACAUAAAAAAUUCAGUCCGAGAACGCUCAGUUCCUUUCGAGAACACAGAGUGUUCCAACCUGAAAGUUGGAGACUAUGUUUUGUGCUUCCAGGAGAGAAGAGAUCAAGCAAUUUACUAUGAUGCUCACAUUGUAGAGAUCCAAAGGAGAAUGCAUGAUAUCCGAGGUUGCAGGUGUCACAUUUUAAUUCGAUAUGAUCACGACAACAAUGAGGAAAGAGUUCGCUUGAGGAGACUUUGCCACAGACCAAGAUCUUAGAUAUACAUGACAAUAUUUCUUUUUGACGUUCCAGUUGGGUAAUUAGUUUUCCAACAGUUUGCAGUUACCUGGAUACGGCAAGAAUCAAACAGCAAUUGACAUUUUGACUAUUUGGAUGAUUUUCUGCGCAAUUUUUAAAGCUAGAACAUGCAUUCUCCCUCCCUUUUUAAUUAGGUCGGGAGUCAAGUGCGUAGAAAUUAGAAGGUGGGUCUUUCGGAAAAUGCUGUUUUUUUUUUAGCAAUGGAAAAUGCUGUUUAGUUGUUACUAAAUUAUGUCUUUUUUUUGUUAUUAUUUAGUAGAUAAGGGCACGAUAAAAAAAACGUUAAGAAUCAGAUUUAUAUUUAUCA